AUGGUAAAAUAUAGUACUUCUGUUAUUUUUAUUUCUAUUGCUUUACUCGUUACAACUUCUGAGGUAGAAUAUGGAGAAUUCGAUUUAAGAGUGGUAAGCUACGAAGUAUGUAAGGCACCUAAAAAAAUAAACUGCUGUGACGUCACUGCGUACACUUAUGACAACAUCUGGAUAAAAUAUGACGUCACUACUAAAGAAAAUAUGACUGCAAUCAAAGCUCUAUUUGUCGGUUCUUUAAACAACAAGGAGUUGAUUAGAUUUCGGGUCAACGACAUGUGUACCCACAUCUUCUUCAAGCCUCUGGUACUGGCUGCCUUCAAUUUGACAGACAGCUGCGGUGUAUUCAAAGGACACCAUGCAUUCCGCAUAGACGUUCGAGCGACAACCCGAAAUCUUUAUGGCGGCAAAUUCAUGUAUGGGAAUUGGAGUUACAGAGUCUCAUUUUUCAACGACAAAUGCAACUUACAUUGUGGUAUUAUGAAACUAGCUGUAACUCCUAAGAAAAAGAUUGAAGCGUUGUUUUAA